AUGAGUAGUCCAGGGUUCCCGCUAGAACAUUCACGCGACUUGGCCGACCGUCAUGCCACAGAAAUCGCCAUCAGCGAGUCGUACCUGGCGUCUUACCACCCAGCCAAAACCGGAUGGUUCUCAUCGGCCAAAAGAUCCAUAUCCUUGUGGUUUGAAGACAUUUUGGACGUGAUUAUCACACAUAAAAAGAUCUCGUUGGCAUUGGUGACGAUUUUCAUUUUGCUGUUUUUCACUUCCAUCCCGUUGGUGCCACAUCUCAUGAAAUCUGGUGAUCCAAAAGUGGUGAUCAUUCUCGCUGCCAACGAAGGUGGCGGAGUUUUCAAGUGGAAAGGACCACAGGACUGGUCAGUAGAACGGUCAUCUAUUACCAACAAAAAGAAUUACGCCAAAAGACACGGCUAUGGGUUGACUAUCAAGGAUAUGACCACGAAAAAGAGAUACUCGCAUGAAUGGAGAGAAUCAUGGGAAAAAGUCGACAUCUUGAAGCAGGCUAUGAGACAGUUUCCUCAAACUGAGUGGUUCUGGUGGUUAGAUUUGCACACGUAUAUCAUGGAGCCACACUUGCUGUUGGAAGAACACUUUUUGGACCAUUUGGACAAUGCCACAUACAGAACGUUGGAGGAGUUCAACCCCCUCAACAUCCCCACUGAGUUGCCAUACUUGGAAUACGAUAGUCCUAUUGACAUGAUCAUCACUCAGGAUUGUGGUGGCUUCAACUUGGGAUCGUUUUUGAUGCGUAGAUCUCAAUGGACCGAUUUGCUCUUAGACGUGUGGUGGGAUCCAGCUAUGUAUGAGCAGAUGCACAUGCAAUGGGAGCAUAAGGAACAGGACGCUUUGGAGACGUUAUACUCAACACAAUCUUGGGUUCGUGACAGAAUAGCAUUUUUACCAUUGAGAAAGAUCAAUGCAUUUCCUCCAGGAGCAUGUUCGGACCAGCUGGACGACCCACAGUUUUUCUUCCAUAACCACGACUUCGUGAUUAAUAUGGCGGGGUGUGAGUAUGGACGGGACUGUUGGGGAGAGAUGGAACAUUACAAAGCGUUGUCGAAGAAGCUACAAAAGUGGUGGAGAUUCUGGUAA